AUGCUGAGCGCUCUACUACUCAGCCUACUUGGGGUUGCGCCUGUACUAGGUCUCGACGCCGCGACCAACCACCGCUUACUGAAGACUGGUAGGCCGCAGGUCGCGCUCUGGCAAGCCCUCCGUGCGCAGGAGAAGGCAAACUCGCUCUAUGAUGGAAGCGACGACCAGGUCGCGUUCUCGGCCCCGUCACACGAGGCCCACUGCUUCGACCAAAGUAUUUCGCACUUUGGCGAGGUCAACGGCACGUUCUGCCAGCGUUACUGGAUGGACGACAGGUACUACAAGCCCGGAGGGCCUGUGUUCCUCCUUGACGGAGGCGAGACUGACGGAGCGGAUCGCCUCCCCUUCUUAGAGACCGGGAUUCUCCAGAUCCUCUCCAAUGCAACUGGUGGACUGAGCAUCGUCCUUGAGCACCGAUACUAUGGGGGGUCUGUCCCUGUCGAGUCUUUCUCGACAGACGACCUGCGGUUCCUCAACAACGCCGAUAGUCUCGAGGAUUCUGCCAACUUCAUCCGCAACUUCAAGCCACCCAAGCACCUGGGUGUGUACACUGAAGCCCUCAAGCCCAAGAACACACCUUGGAUCUACUACGGCGGUUCAUAUGCCGGAGCACGGGCAGCCUUCAUGCGCAAGGAGUACCCAGACCUUGUGUGGGGCGCGAUCGCAAGCAGCGCGGUGACACAUGCGCAGAUCAACAUGGCUGAGUACUUUGACCCGAUCCAGAAGUACGCCGACCAGACCUGCAUCGCGACACUGCAAGGUGCCAUUCGCGCGAUCGAUGCGCUACUUGAGCUGCCCCACCCCGUCCCGACGCUCCUGAAGGGCCUCUUUGGUGUAGCUGGACUCGAGAACGACGACUUCGGCGGUGUACUCCAGUAUCCUCUUGGAUACUGGCAGGCGCGUAACUGGGAUCCGGCGGUCAGCAGUAACGGUUGGGAGGAGUUCUGCGACGCCCUCACGAGGGGUGGGAAGGGCGGACGCAUCGGGCUGCUUAAGAUCACACCUGCGAUCAUGAACUACGCCAAGUACAUUCGCGAGCACGUCGUCGCUCAGUGUCCCACGGACGCUGUUGAUUGCUUUGGGAAUCACAACGACACCAAGUUCUUGGUCGAUGACCUCGACCAGACGUGGCGGCUGUGGCUGUUCCAAGUCUGUACUCAGUGGGGAUACUUCAUGCCGGCACCGAAGGAGGGCCCGUCUAUCCUCUCCAAGCAUGUUACCCUCGAGUACGCGUCAAAUAUCUGCAAGCAGGCAUACCCGCCGGGCAAGUACUUUGCCGUGCCAAACUGGCCGAAUAUCACGGACGUGAACGCACGUGGCGACUAUGAGCUCGAGGCUGAACGCUUGGCGUACAUCGAUGGCGAGGCGGACCCUUGGCGCACGAUGACGCCGCAAGCUGACAUCGCGCCCAAGCGCAAGUCGUCCGUGGACAAGCCUCUCCACCUGAUUGAGGACGGUGUGCAUCACUGGGAUGAGAACGGCCUCGAACAUCACGACCUUGAGCCACCUAAGAUUCGCGACGUGCACGAGUUUGAGGUGUUGUUCGUGCAGGAGUGGCUCGCGCAGUUCCGCGAGAGCAAGGGUGUUUGGAACGUGGGCAAGGAAUAG